CACACACGUGUGGGAUGAGUGAUUAUCCUUCUCUCGUGUGGACCACUAUUCCCUGUAUGAAGACACAAAUACACGCAAGAUUUUAAGCCAGAGAAUCCGUUGGAGACACAAAAUGAAGAAUUGGAAUUAUCUAUGUUUUCUUCUGGUAUUAACACUUGCGUCUAGAGGUUUCGCCAAGCCGAGACAUACAAGUCUCCGUGAAGAAAAAGGACAUGUAACGCACAAAGAAAGCAAAAAACAGGGAGGGCACCAUCGCCAUGGGAAUAUCAUACGAGGUAUGUCAGGAACAGAGAACUCAAGAAAAAAAUCUGACGAUUUCCAACAAGUUCCAGGACUGAUGGAUGCUGGUGGAAACAUGGGAGGAGGCGGAUUGAACUCCAUGGGCGGAGGUAUGGGAGGCAUGGGUGACCUCAGCAUGGGAUUUGGCGCUGGAGCCACGUCCAUCGGCGAGGGUGGUGGGGCUACCAUGGAAGGCUUGCCAACGAUGAUGGGUGGGCCCAUGCAGAUGCCAGGAGGUAUGAAUGGAGGCGGUGCAAUGCCCAUGGCUGGUGGAAUGGAAGGAGGACCUGUGCAGAUGCCCAUGGGAGCAGCCGGAGGACCAUCCGAAGGUGCUCUGAUGUCUAAACAAUUUAUCGAAGGAGGAGAAGGAGGAAUGGGAGGUGGUAUGCACUCCAUGCCGAACAUGGCAGGAAUGGCCGGAAUGGGAGGAAUGGGAGGAAUGGCGGGAAUGGGAGGCAUGGGAGGAAUGACCUCAAUGGGAGGAAUGGCUGGUAUGACCGGGGUGGGCGGCAUGGGCGGUGGAAUCACUGGAAUGAGUAUGGAAGGAGGAAUGCCCUCGAUGGAAAAUGCUGGCGGAGCAGGAGCCAUGUUUGCUGGACCUCAAGAAAUGGGAGGCCAGAUGGGAGGACCUAUGGGUGGGGCUCUUCAAGGGGCCAUUGGAGGGGGCAUGCCAGGAGCAGCACAGAAACGUGCAAAGAUGGGAAAAGUACAUAAGUUACUGAGUAAAGCCGGAAACAGAAAGGGCACCAAAAAACAUCACAGCAAGCACUGAGUACCAACAACGGAUGAUCUCUGAAGGAAAUGUAUGAUUUUUUUAAAUGGGUAUCUCCACGAACAUACCCUAAAUUAGUUGAGAUCCUGGAACACAGUUGGUCCUUGCAAGAUUUGUGCUCCAUAGUGUUAUGAUUUAACUCAUUUUGAAGGAUUACUAUGAGAAGAUCUUCAAGUACUUUUAAAGUUGUAAGUCUUACAAUGGAGGUUCGAAACAGUUUUCACAGUCCACUUCGAACCAUGCUCGGAGGCAUAUCAUGUAGUGCUUUUGAGUGUGAAUUAAUUGAAAAUAAAUUUUAUUUAUCAUUUGUUGUUA